UCUUUAUCUCUCUCUAUAAAGUUUUUCAAAUUUGCCGUCAAUCUUAAUUACUUUUGACACACCAAAUGGGAUCAGGUAGCUCACCCUGUGCUUCCUGCAAACUGCUGAGACGACGCUGCACCAAAGACUGCGUGUUCGCCCCUUAUUUCCCCCCUGAUGACCCUCACAAGUUUGCCAUUGUUCACAAGGUUUUUGGUGCUAGCAAUAUCAGCAAGAUGUUACAGGAGCUUCCUGUACAUCAAAGAGCAGAUGCAGUAAGCAGUUUAGUGUACGAAGCAAACUCGAGAAUGAGAGAUCCUGUCUACGGGUGCGUUGGAGCAAUCUCUUAUUUGCAGAAUCAAGUGGCCCAACUACAAAUGCAAUUGGCUGUGGCUCAAGCAGAGAUUUUGUGCAUUCAGAUGCAACAAGAACCUACUAAUUUGCAGCCUCAAAUGGUUGAACCAGCUGAUGAAAACUGCCUUCUUUUUGGCAGUAAUAACUUGGAUCAUAACCUACAACAAUAUCUCAGCUUUGCUUCUUCUUCUUCUUCUAGCAGUUCUAUGGUGCAAGACUCGGUGAAAAUCGAGUCUCUCUGUGCUGUUGAUCCCUCCGGGGAUCAGUUCGUCCCCAAGAGGAGCCCAACUUACAUGUUUGGAAUGUAGUACUUAAUACUAUUAAACCAAAACAUCGACAUGAUUUCACUUUUAUAAUCUUGUUCAAUGUAGACCGUCCUAGAAAUGUUGCUCAUGUAUAUAUUCUUUUAGUCUUUUUGCUUAAUUCGUCGAUGGUUUCUUGACUCUGUAUU